GUGACCUUCCCUUCCGCAGAAACUCCGCCGUGACGGCUACAGGAGUCGGUGCCGCUCUCCUGGGCUGUGCCGCCGCCGUUCCCGCCAUCUUCACUCAAGGUCAAGUCUCCGGCUUCAGGCCAAGGGCAUCGUGCGAUCCCAUCAGCCUUUGCCACACGACGAGCCCGCAGAUGUCCCGGAUGUACUACGGUGUGACGGCCGCCAUCUUUGUUUCCGCGGUGGUGGUCAUGGGAGUCCUGUACGCGCUGGUGUACAAGUACGUCAGGGAUCUGGUCCAACCUGGUGCGUCCCACAUCCCGCUGGGCGCGCUCUCCUCCAAUCAGCGCUCGUCGCUCUCCUCCAAUCAGCGCUCGUCGUUCUCCUCCAAUCAGCCCUCGUCGCUCUCCUCCAAUCAGCGCUCGUCGUUCUCCUCCAAUCAGCCCUCGUCGCUCUCCUCCAAUCAGCGCUCGUCGUUCUCCUCCAAUCAGCGCCCGGCGUUCUCCUCCCUGAAGCUGAAGAGGUCGCGAGUCGCUUCUCUGAGUGACGUCAUGGAGGAGUCACCGAAUCGGGACGACAGCGGGAGACCAGCGGAGUUCUCUGCGGAGGGAGGAGCGGCACUGUCCCGCCUUGAGGAGUACCCGCAACACGGCAGAGACGGCGGGAGCGCAGUGGAGCUCUCUGCGGGGGAUCACGCGGCGCUGUCCCGCCUGGCCGCCCGCCGGCUCACCCUGCAGCUGAACCUGCCCGCCCGGCGGCCCUCCCUCCCGCCCUCCGCCGUCCAGCAUCACUACCGCGUCGCCAAGCUCUUCCUGCUGGUCACGUCGGUGUUCGCGGUGUCCUGGGUACCGUACUGGGGCGUCAGCCUGCACGGGCUGCUGGUGGACCCGGCCCCGCCCGUUCUGCGGGGCGGCACGGUGGCGACCCGAGCCGCGGAGUUCUUCCGGCAGCUGCACUUCGCGAGUAACGCCGCCAACCCCGUCAUCUACGCCUUCUGCCACGGGACAUUCCGCGAUAGGGUCGUGCGCAUGCUCACGUGUAGGCGGCAGGGGAACUGAUGGACUAAACAAACAAACAAACAACAACAGGACAUGGUGGGUCCUGCGCAUGCUCACAUGUAGGCGGCAGGGGAACUGACGGACAAAACAUAGAAACUGACUAACUAACUAACUAACAUGACAUUCCAUUAAAUGCUCACGUGUUAGCGGUUGGCAGAAAUAGACGUCCAAAGAACGAACGGAGGAAACAAAGGAACAAACAAACAAACAAACAAACAAAGAGUAGGUAUUACUAAGCAAUAUCAGUGAUAGCAGUGCACAUAGUUUUGAACGAUGACUGGUCAGGGAUGAAGGACUCAGAGUAAGUUACUACAACUGCUCUUCAAUUACGCGCCUCCUGGCGUCCUACAGUCAGUUGUGAAGAAAAGGUUCUAGCGCGAUAAUGAACGUGUCAGAAGUAAGUUUAUAGAUGUGACUCCCCAACUCCC